CGUCGCGACCGCUACAGCUAACAAUCGUGCACUACCGGCACAUUCAUCUUACCGUCAUUUCAGCGCCUUACCAGAGACUGAGCGCCUUUAUAUUCACCCGCAGUCAUGUCGGACCCUUUACUUUUUGAAGACACCUUCACGGUCACCGGUGUCAACCAAGAGAAAUAUGACCGCGUCUCCCGCCUGACCUGCACUUCGUCCGACUCUCAGACCACAUUUACCCUCGAUAUCAACUCUGAGCUCUACCCUUGCACUACCGGAGAGUCGCUUUCCAUGGCCCUCGCUUCGACUCUCUCUUUAGACGGCAAGGAGGACGGCGCAAAGACCGGCUGGAGGGAAGUAGGAAUGGGCGAGCAGACACUCGCAAAUGACUACGACUAUGUCUGCCACGGAAAGGUCUACCGGUUUGAGGAGGCCUCGGAUUCUCCUGGGAACAUGGCGGCUUUCGUUUCAUUCGGCGGACUGUUGCUUUACCUCGAAGGUCCCUACAAGAAGCUCGCGCCCCUACGGAUAGACUACGUGUACCUCCUUCUUAAAAAAUAAAGAAAGCCGAUUCAUCUGUGGGAAUUAUCCAUCGGGUCUAUCUAUCUUCUUUGGCCUGGUUCAAUAUGAACAGCCAGAAAAGUCUGCGUUUCUACGGGUUGAAGUGAUUUUGUUGCAGCGUUGGCGUUAUUUGGCAUUGGGUCUAUUGAAUAGAACAUAUCAAAAUAUACCUCGAAUAUUCACCGU